CUCUCUUUUGUAGGAGACGAACCAUGGUAUACGAAGGCCAGCUACUAUUGGUCAUUCAACUCCAAGCAGGAAUGGGGUGUUGUAGACCAGCGACGCACCUCCAGCGUACCUGCCUACAGUAACAACGGUCUUCAAUUGAACCAUGAUUUUGGAAGCUGGGCGGACCUGGGCAGCUGUUCGAAUCAUUGUAUCAAAGACCCGGAUGCCUGUGACACUGGCUUCACAGUGUCGUUCUGGUUAAGGGUGAAUGACUAUCAAAGAAACAAAGUGAUUAUGCAAAUAGCUUCGGCCACCAAGGCAGUUGGAACGAAGGUUGAACUUAAUGGUGAUUUCCUCGGCGUGCAUGUAAAUAGUCGCACCAUUCAACGACACCUGCAAGUAAAAUGGCCUUAUUCUAGCUGGAAUUUUGUGGCUUUUACGUGGAACAAGACAAAAAAUGAGAUCAAUGUUUUGCUGAACAGCACUCCUGUUGCGUACGUCAAAAAUGUUGUUGAGCAAAGUUAUGACUUCGCGUCGGUUCUUCCAUACCACACGCUUAUUCUGGGGGUGAGCAACGCUCGGAUUAGAAGUAUAAGGAUGAUAAUUGACGAGUUAGCACUUUGGAAAAGACCCUUGUCGAUAGAAGAGCUCCGCUAUGUUAUGAAGUCCAAGGCAGGUAAGUAGAACUCCUAACAUAUCUUUCUGAUUGUCGUAAAAUCGUACUUUUCGGAUCCGUUCAAACGACCCAACACCAUCCAAAAUUUUUGAAUGAAACAUAGCGAUCUCGAAUACAAACUCGUCCCCAGGGCGCUUCUCCCUAGCUUUGGACGUGGGGCGGAAAAAGGACCCUGGGGACAAGGUUGUCUCGAAGAGAGAUUUCGAGUAUUUGUAGGGUAAGCAUAAAAAGGGGAAGGCGAGUAGGAGAAAAACGCAAAGGAAAAAGAGUGGGUACCCUUUCCUCUCGUCCCAAACACCGUCAUGUUUCUCUUCUUCUCUCACCCCUUUCUACGCCUGUCCCACAAGCUACAUGUUAAGCAGUGUUGCAUACAGUCUAGGCUUCCUAAACGCCCGUUUUGCUAGGGUCAUCUGUCAGGAGGUAAUCUGUACUCGAACUAUCGCUACCUCCUCGCUCAAAAACGUCGACUUAGGGUCAGGUCUAGGUACAUUCGAACCUCUAGGGGGAGGGUGCAGGGGGGGCGUGACCUGGAUCCGCCCCUGAACCCCCUCUACAAAGGUCACCAUGGGGAAAGGGGUAAGUGGCAGCUGUAGACAGGUGACCGUUAUAUGUAAGGGAAUUUCAAGUCCAAAAGAACCCUGGAAUAAUUUGUUAUUUGCCUCAACUCUAAAGCGCACGUGCAGGGACAUUGAGCCGCUGAAACAAAGGCGUUGCAACAACUGUCAAUUGAUAACAUAAAAAAAUCAUUAUCUGAAAAUUGAUUUAUUUUUCUCUAGUUGACGGUGGCUACACAAACUGGUCAGAGUUCAGCUCGUGCACAGUCUCCUGCGGCCAAGGUACGAAAACGAGGACCCGAAACUGCACUAAUCCUCUUCCACAACAUGGCGGUAAUUAUUGUCAGGGUAGAUCUACCCAGUCGGUACCAUGCUUUGUUAGACAUUGUCCUAUUAACGGUAAUUACACAGAAUGGACGGAAUUCACUUCUUGCUCGUUAACCUGCGGGGGAGGCAAACGAAAUCGAAGUAGAACUUGUUUAAAUCCUCGACCACAAUAUGGCGGUCUUAACUGCUCAAGCCUGGGUCCAGCUCAAGAGGCCGAAGAUUGCAACACGCAUGCGUGCCCUAUAGACGGAGGCUACAGCGAAUGGUCCACCUUUGGCGCAUGUUCUGCUACAUGCGGGAACGGUUUGAAGCGUCGCACUCGAAUUUGUAAUAGUCCACCUCCUCAAUAUGGCGGUAUGGACUGUUCUAUAAUUGGCACUGCUCAAGAAACACGUGUCUGCUUUAUUAAAUUGUGCCCCGUUGACGGUAACUAUAGUAACUGGAGCUCAUUUGGAUCUUGCAGCAAAAGUUGCGGCGUUGGAGAGAAGAGUAGAACUCGAAAGUGCGACAAUCCCGUCCCAGUAGGGGAGGGUAGGAAUUGUUCACAUAUAGGUCCGCCAAUCGACAUUCAACCUUGCAAUACUCAACCAUGCCCACGCAGCGGGGGGUACACCCCUUGGUCAGAUUUUAGUCCCUGCACAGCCUCUUGCGGGGGUGGGACUCAUUUCAGGAGGCGUAACUGCACGAACCCGCCACCGGCGGCUGGAGGCCGAGACUGCGUUCGUCUAGGACCCUCUGAGGAAACGAACUUGUGCAAUACACAUUCCUGCCCCGUGGAUGGUGGGUACGGGGAGUGGUCACAGUUUAGUCAGUGUUCACGAACCUGUGGCGGCGGAGAUAAGAAGAGAUCGAGAAGCUGUAACAAUCCAGCUCCAGAGCAUGGCGGAAGGAACUGUUCCGGUCUAGGACCAGCCCAAGAGACUGAAUCCUGUAGCAGCAACAAGUGUCCAGGUGAGCUUUUUGAUGCAGUUUCCUCUUAGGGGCCGAGAGUGAAAGUGUAGAAAGGUGAGUGGUAAGGUAGGUAGCUAGGUGGGCAAUUGGGUAGGUAGGUAAGUAGGUAUGUAGGUAGGUUGGUGGGUGGCUAGAUAGGUAGGCGGAUAGAAAGGUAGGUUGGUAGGUAGGUAAGUAAGUAAGUAAGUAGAUAGGUAGGUUGGUAGGUAGGUAGGUAGGUAGGUAGGUAGGUAAGUAGAUAGAUAGGUUGGUAGGUAGGUAGGUAGGUAGGUAGGUAGGUAGGUAGGUAGGUAGGUAGGUAGGUAGGUAGGUUGGUAGGUAGGUUGGUAGGUAGGUAGGUAGGUUGGUAGGUGAGUAGGUAGGUAGAUAGGUAGGUGGGUAGGUAUGUAGGGUGUAGGUAGGUAGGUAGGUAAGUAGGUAGGUUGGUAGGUAGGAGGUAGGUUGGUAGGUAAGUAGGUAGGUAGGGAGCUUGGUAGGUAGGUAGGUUGGUAGGUAGGUUUGUAGGUGGGUAAGUAGGUAGGUUUGUAGGUAGGUAUGUAUUUAGGUAGGUGGGUAGUUAGGUUAGCUAGGUAGCUAGGAAUCUAACUUGGUGGUUGUAGAGUACGUAUUCAGAUGCUAUAUUGUUAUACACCUUAAACAAUAAUCAAAUGAGUGAUGGAUGAAAGAGUUGUACAUUGUUCGGAGAUAUGAUAAAGGGGGGGGGGGGACAAAGUGCAUUGCACGUUUAACUGCUCCAAUUGCGCUGGUUAAUUUCUUUGUGGUCAUCUCUAAAUGUGUUGCCCAUGUUAGCGACACGUCGAUUUGCACGCCUUAAGAUUUGGAUAUUAGUUUAGGUACAUUAGCACUUUCUGUAAGAAAUAAUAUGGUUUAAGGUUAACAGUUUAAUCUAAUAGGUAAAAAACUCUAUCUUUACAGGGAUCACCUUUUUGGCGCCCGUGAUAUUUCCAGAGGAGACCUUUAACACAGACCUUUUGAAUAAGGAAAGUCCUACGUUCAAAUUACUGGCGGAAAGGAUCAAGUACAACGUAAGCGACUUCUAAUAUUGUUCCUUAAUUGAUAGAAUGGAGCCCAUAAGAUAUGCCUUUUCCAUCGCAAUGGUGGAGGUAAUUCAUCUGUAACUACAGCCGUAAAUUCGGGUAGAAGAUCUCAGUCACACCUCAGAGAAACGGCUAGGCUACAACGUAGGGCAAAAACGCCUUUUCCCAUCUUUUACCAGUGAAAGCUUAAGGGUUAAAGCCAAGUAGACUGCAAAACAGUCCGUAUUUUUGCGUAUUCAAGUACGCGCGAGCAGUCAAACAAAAGGUGUGGAACGAGGCUGAAAACAGAGAGCGAGACUGGAGAGAGACGCUAAAAAAUACUCUCCCGCCUCACACGCCCGUAGGGCGUGUGAGGCUCGCGCGGUUCGCGCUUGUAAGACUCUUACGCCACGCGUUACCGAUUUCUUUACUGACUUUGAGGAAAAAACCGACUGCUUUGCAGUCUAAAAGCCAAGAGAUCAUUCUCUCUCUUAAUUAAAACCAUUAACAGCAAAACGUGUUUUCAUCAGAACUGCUAUAGUUUGUGUUAACCACCUUUUUCUAUUCCGGUUUAUAAGUCCUCAUCGGAUAUAAGCCCUUCCGUUUAAAAGCCCUCCUAAAUUAAACCCCUUACUAACAUGUGUAAGCCCGUGGCUUGUAAGCGGAAGUUUAUGGUGUACGACAUUUCUCUUUGUGAUUCUGCUUGAUACUUCAAUGUUGAGUUAAAAUCUAGAAAAUAUUUGGAAACUUUCGGAAUAUUGCCCAGACGUUUAAAAGGUUCUCGAUCAUUUCUUAAAAUUUCAUUAAACAUCAACUUUGACAGUUCAUGGAGGCAAUCGUAGCAGCUAAAGUGAACUUGAUCUUGCAUAGGCCUGUUUCAUCGCCUAUUAAUUACAUGAGUGUUUCUCACUCUGAUAGAAUCAUGAGUUAAACUACCCUAAACUGCGGCUUUUAAGCCCUGGACUUGGACACCUGACGGUAAGGAGUCUUAAGAGGGCUUUUUACAACCAUUGGGGUUUAAAACCGGAGUAGAAAAUGCGCUUUGAAACACGCUAUGUACAAGUUAGAGGCGUGCUUAUAUCCAGUGGCCUUCAAUAGUAUGUAUUUUUUUGUUUACAGAUAGAUAGGCCUGUAAAUGGAGGGCCUAUAAAUGGCGCGGGGGUGGGGGGGGGGGGGGGGUUAAAAAUAGUUUUACGUAUUAAAACAGGGAAAGACGGUUUUAAAAUAAUUUUUAAAAGGGGGUUAGAAACGGAGCCAAACGUUUUUUUUUUAUUUCUUCCCUUUUUUUCGUAAAAUAUCUAUUUUUUUUCACUUUUUUAGGAUUGUAGUAGUGUUAACUAACGCAUGUGGAAUAAAAAAGAGAGUAGAAAGAUUAUAUAAGAUACAUGUUAUUGUGUGUUGGAUUGGGUUUUGUAUUGUAUGGGUUUUUUUGUUUUUUUUUUUUUUGGGGGGGGGGGGGGGGGGGGGGGGGGGGGGGGGGGGGGGGGGGGGGGGGGGGGGGGGGGGGGGGGGGGUUAAACAUCAGUUUACAGUAUCAAACACGAGAAGAACUGUUUCAAAUAAUAUUCAAAAGUGGGUUGAAGAGACGAGCCAUAGCUUUAUUUUUAAUCAUUCCACUGCUUUCUGAAAAAUCUCAUUUUGUUUUCACUUUUUUAUCAGGUGCAUAAGAUAUAUGACACAAAUUCCGCCUUGGAAUCAGUUAAUGUUAACUGGUGUGGACCGACCGAUAGUGGGUAGGAAUAAAACUAACUUUACACAAUAUUUACCUACCAGGACGUGCUGGACGUGUGGAAGAACAACCUCGUUCCCAGGUUCUCUCUCUCUCUCUCUCUCUCGUUCCGUAGGGACUGGUGUGAGAGAACCCUGGGAAGGAGGUUGGUGGAAGAAAAGGGCAUAAAAUUGAUAAUAGUUUCAUUAACUUAAAACCCCAUUGGUUCAAAAUCAAACGUUAGAUUGUGGAAACUAUGUUGAACAACGUAAGGAGGUAGGGUUUUAUUUUAACAUAUUUUAGCUGAAAUCUUUAUAUUCUUUGAAGGUCGGAACAUUCUAGGCAACAAAUUACAGCAACAUGACGCGGCGACGAAAUCGCUUUGUGAGUACUGUAUAUGAAAAUAUUUGGCUCCGCAACAGAAUUUUGUACCCGCAACAAGUCGCGCAAACCAAAUCAAAUCAGACAGUCUGGUAUUCAGGCCCUCUAUAAAACGUGAAACUAGGAAGGUUCACGUCGUAGUCGUUCAACGACGGCAAGAAAUGUACAAAAAAGCGUGAUGCACGUGCAAAGUCGUUGUUUUGCUAAUCUAAAUCUAUUGCGUUUUUUCCAUUCUCGUUGCCGACGCCGUCUUUAGCUUAAGCUUCAAUUAUUGUGGCUCAGCAGGACGGCGUAACAAUCAUAGAAGCUCUGCCGAGAAAAUACCCGCUCAUAGUGUUUUAAGCCCUGACACUGAACUCCAACACCCACUGAAUCACGCCAUAUGACGUGUCUCCCAGAGGGCAAAAGCCCAAGUGUCGCGUUGAUGUCUCGCAAAGAAAUAAUGAUGGUGGUAAUGAUGGUGGUAAUGAUGAAGGUGACGACGAUGAUGAUGGUGAUGAUGAUGAUGAUGAUGAUGAUGAUGAUGAUGAUGAUGUUGAUGAUGAUGAUGAUGAUGAUGAUGUUGAUGAUAAUGAUGUUGAUGAUGAUGAUGAUGAUGAUGAUGAUGAUGAUGAUGAUGAUGAUGAUGAUGAUGGUGGUGGUGGUGAUGGUGGUGAUGUUGUUGUUGAUGAUGAUGAUGAUGACGACGCUGUUUUGUCGUUAUUAAUAUAUAUUAUUGUAGAACACUUACUUUAGUCCCUAUGUCACAUAGUGCUCCUGGUGUUCAGUGCGUACUUGGGUUUACUUUUACGGCUGAUCAUUACGCCGGAAUCAUCCGUUUACAAGACGCUCUGUUUAAGGAAAAACUACUUUACAGAAUGCCUACCGAAGCUGAAUAUCUGACAACCAGUGAUGGUAAGAGAAAAUUCUUGCUCCUUUUUUGUGUGUUAUGUCUAGCCUUAUAGCCUUAGUUAAGACGUUAUUUUUCGUAUUCGAUACUGGGAAGGAUUUUCACUCGUGGAUAUACAAUUUAUAAAAAUCCGGGAGUGAGAACCUGCAUUUUUCCACGUUAUCCUAAACUCUACAUGUCAAUAAAUUGCAGUUGGAGUGAUAAGGCACCUAUGUCUCCAAAAAGGAUCCUGAAUGUUGACUUGUCUUGUUUACCCAAGCGUACAGAAUUAUUUUUUUUCUGCAGAUUUUAGAAAAUAAGAACCUGUUUCAAAUUUCAGGCUAAACAGGUUCUUGUAUAGAGUGUGCCUAACCGGCAAAUUUCAGCCUGACAGGUUCUUAAAAACCAAGUUCUAACUCGUGGGUUUUUAGUGUAGCACGAGAUAGAUGAGAUCACUAUUGGGUUCUAAACAUGAGAAUUUUAGCUUAACCAGGUUUACAAACGGAGUUUGACGCUAAUACUAACUCUGGUAUUAUUAAGUCCCCAGCGACGCACCAGAAAACGUGACAGCUCACAACACCAGCUCAAGAAGCAUACAGGUCACGUGGUUAGAAGUCCGCCCAGAUAGCGGUAUCAAGGGUGGAGACAUAGCAGGUUAUCGCCUUAAUAUGUACACUAUUGGCAAAAAAAGGACCUGGAGUCGAGUGAUACCUGGAAAGAAUAGAACACUUUUCGAAUUAAGAGGCCUAAAUGUUUACACUGAAUACUGCGUGCGAGUGAUGGCUUAUAACAGGCGAGGUGAUGGUCUCGCUUCUGAUCCUGUGUGUGCGUACACAGACACAGACGGUAAGUCGAGUGGUGAGCUGGACAGAUUUAAAUUUCAUGUAACCUUCAAUAACAGUUAUCUGAUGGAGUAUUGGAACUGAUGCUAAUUUUUAUGUGAGUCCGAAAAAUUCGUUUCUGUCCUUCAUAGGAAACCCGGGGUAGUUACUAUUUGCAUGGGAAAACCGGAUAUUCCGGCUCGAUAAUCAAAUGGUUCGCGUCAUUCCGUUUGGGAAGGUUCAGAAAACAUGGGCUGUGAUUUGAGGCGAUGUAAGUUUCUGUUCAGCUGAUUUAGAUAUUCUUUGUAUUGGGUCGGCCUUUCACCACCUCAGAUUUUAUAGUUUUAUGUUAAUGCACAAGAUUUCUACCCGGGUGGCAGUGGCGAAUGCAGACCUUCAGAUAAGGGGGGAGGGGGGGGGUCAUCCAACCCUGGGAUAAGGGGGGGGAGGGGGCGCCCGUCUCCAAAAGAUUUUUUUCGGCCCUAUGGGCCUCAGUUUGGUCUAAUAAAUAAGGGGGGCCUCGGGCCCCCCGGUCCCCUUACCUGGAUCCGCCACUUGGUGGUUUGGGUAAAUAGUAAGCACCCCAGUAUUUUUAAGUAUCCAUAAUGCCUUGUCCCUCAGCCUCAAUACUGCGCGCGGCCGAUGCCUUUUGGGUCACGUGGCCGUUCGUCUCCGAUACUUCACCGAAAUGCAUUGACCGAGAAGAACUGAGAGGGCGCCGUACAGGGACUAGGCAAAUAUCCAUAAGUUUUAGUUUCUGAGAAACGGCCCACCUACCCCUCUCCUAACCCAGCAUUUUGCCCUAAGUUAGAAGUAACUGUUAAUAUUAGCUCAGGGGAGGGGUCGGUGGACGAUUCCCCAGAAACCUAAGUUGAUCCGAAGCGAGAUCAACAGAGAACAUCAUUAAAGCGACUUUGAGCAAAAAAGAGCUUGUUUAUUGUUUUGUAAUUAACUUAUUGUCGCCACUUUGUAUUAAGCGUUUCACUGGAGCCAAUUUCUCUUUUUUAGUCCCAGACCGCGCGCCUUCGAAUGUGUCUGCGCGAAACCUGAGCGCUACAGAACUCCUGGUUAAGUGGGAGCCACUCCCAAAAGAGUCUUACCACAGCGUUCUCCUUGCCUACCGUAUUAAUAUUUCGACGAAUAAGAUCAACUUUACAAGAAUCAUCAACGUCCCACCCAACACAACAAAUCAUCGCAUCACAGGACUUGACACCUACACACGUUAUGUCGUCAGCGUAGCAGCAGUGAAUGACGUUGGCCAAGGAGUUUACAGCGAUGACAUCAUUGUUUGGACAGAGGAAGGCGGUAAGUUGAUUUUUCUUAUUUAUCAAAUUUGACCUUGCGUUGUGUUGGUCAUUUGAGUUUUUUUAUUUAAUAUUUUAAAUUUUAAAUGUCUUAGCGCUCUUGGUUGGUUAUUUUUUCGUCCUAGCUACUUAAAUUCCGUGGAGUAAAUAAACAAUAGGCUCCUUUUAUUUCAUCUCUAACACUGAAUGCUUUAAUUUUAAUUUUCUAGUUCCCAGCCACGCUCCAAACAUCAGUGAGAUAUUCUACACAAGUUCAACGAGUAUCCGAGUGACCUGGGAACCACUGUCGCCACACUUUGUCCACGGACGGUUGUUAGGUUACCGAGUUGUUUAUCGGCAAGUUGACGGAGAAAACUGGGAAAAAUGGAAGGCGAUCACCACCGGAAAAAAGGUGCUUGGUACAAGUAUCACUGGUCUCAAGAAGUACGGAGCCUAUGUAGUCCAGGUCGGAGCAUUCACAAGAAAAGGCAAUGGACUUCUGUCUAAAGGAUACAUGCUCCGGACAGAUGAGGAUGGUACGCACUAAGGCAGGAGACCAUAACCCGGAGAGAGCAACUUCCUUGCGCUUGUGUCACGGCUUUUUCACGGACUAGUUUAUUUUUAGAACGGUUUUGGCGCGCAUUUUGAAUAUCUCGUAAAUUCCACAAACCUGUCAGCAAAACCUACAGACCAAAAAAUGAUAUUUUUUUUCCCUUUUAAUAACGGUUAGUUUUCCUUUUUAAUAUCUUAUACUUAUAUUAGAAUGCGCUCAUGGUGGAGAUUCUAUUUUCGUGGGAAAAAGUGCCUAAAAUGUGUCUAAAAAUAAACUGGUCCCUAAAAACGCCGUGACAUAGGCUUAGUUGCUCACUCGGAGUUAUGGGCUCCUGACUAAGGCUAGAUACACACGGCAACGGGCGAAUUUGCGACCAGUUGAAAAUUCGUGUGCGUAAGUGUGACCAGGAGCCCAUGUCAUGGGCUCCCUGUGUGACUGUUCACAGGGAACCACCCUUACCGAGCGAAAAUUUACACUUCUAAUCGUUCAAAAUUUGAACGCCAAAGUCGAGGUCAAAUUUGCGACCGUACGCGUACUGUGUGCAUUAUGACGGUUCAAAUUCUUGUACGGCCAAUUUUACCAGCGUGGUGUGAACACCAUAACUGUUUAAAGUUUUCUCCAUAACUGCAUAAAUUUUUGUACGGUUAAGGGGUACCUGCAUGUUUGCAUGGUAACUCAGCUGGGACGCACCAUUUUGGAUUUGCGCUGUGCGCAUGGGCAGAUGAUAAAACCACUGAGCAAAGUUGAGAAAAGUUCAAAUUCAACCUGUUUUGUCAGUUCUGUAUGAACAGCGUGAAAAUAUUGAACUUUUCCUCCAAAAAUAAAAAAUAAAAAAAAAAACUAUUUUGCCAGACCUAAAAAAUGUAGAUUCUUAUACUGUUUGCUGCGGGGUAAACGUCUUGUUUGUUUUGCUAUCCCCAGUCCCCUCAAAACCACCACAGAAUGUGACUGUCGCCAAAGACAACUCUACCUCAACAAGCCUUUUCAUUCACUGGCGCCCAGUCCCCGCGAACCAUCAGAACGGCAUUAUCCUUGGGUAUCGUAUCAUGUACAAAAAAUCCGCCGGUGAAGACACUCUUAAAACAAAGAAUGUUUCCGCGAGAACAACUGUAACAGAAUUGAAGAACUUGACCAAGUUUACGGAGUACAGCAUCACGAUCUUGGCAUAUACAUCGAAGGGUAACGGUGUCCGAGCAAAAUUUUUCACCGCUUCUACCACCGAAGACCGUAAGUAUCUCAUAAGUCUGCCUAGCAACCGUUUUUGUCACGCAACGUGGCGUGACCAGACAAAAACUGGCUGCGAGGGAGACUAAACUAUCUCAUGAACGAAGUACAAAAUAUAUCAAAAGAAAAACACUACCUGAUAUUUUUUGCUUGCUUUUGGCCAGUGACGCUAAAUAGCACCAAAGGGAAGUACUCAGUGCUCUCAGUGCUCGGUCAUCUUUAAAUUGAAUGGUUACAGUUAGAACCAUCUUGCAUUGCAUAGGACUGUAAACAGUACCAGAUGAAAGUACUGCUUAGUAGCUUUGUUUGAAUGGUAACACUUUAGGAUUUCAUUCACAGCCUCAAAAGUUGGAGCCACCUCGGAUGAUAAAUAGUACCAAUGGAAACUACUACUCAGUAGCUUUCGUUUGAAUGGUCACACUUUAGGAUUUCAUCCACAGACUCAAAAGUUAAGACAACUUUGCACAGUAUAGUAGAAGUUACCAUGGGAAAGUACAGAUCAGUAGCUCUUUUCUGUUUACGGUUCAAACCGUAGAAUUUCGUCCACAGACUCGAAAUGGAAAACCUCCCCUCUGCCCCCCCCUCCCCUACCAGGGUCGCUUGAAAUUUCGCUCACGGGCAUUUAGUGAUCAUAAUGUGACAGCGGAUUUUUGUUAUUAUAUUUGUCAGGACCAAGCAAGCCGCCGACAUUGACCAGAGUCUUCAACACGAGUUCCACAUCCAUUCGAGUACACUGGAGCACUAUACCACAGAAGUACACUCACGGGAUUCUUGUGGGAUUCGUUCUUUUGUAUCGAGCAUUGAAUGAAUCGCAAGACAUGUACAGGGACGUUGAGGUGGGACCUGACAGAAACAACUUGGAGCUGACAGGACUUUGGAAAUACACUAAAUAUGGAAUUCGAGUGCUGGGCUUCACCAGGGUGGGAUGGGGAGUUAUUAGCCCGGAAGUUGCGGUGCAAACGGAUGAGGAUAGUAAGUAG